AUGACAGGAAUUGGCGACAACAAUGGUCAACGACAACCAAACUUCCUCCAAAAGCUUUACGCUUUCCUUGCUUUGAGCCCUCAUCCUUGUCCCGAUGUUAUAUACUGGGCUUCAGACAGCAGACAACUAGUCAUCGCGCAUCCCGAUAGGCUCGCCAAAGAAGUACUUCCCAAGCUCUUUAAACAUGAUAAGAUCGCAUCGUUCGGUAGACAACUAAACAUAUACGGAUUCUCUCGUCUCUUCCCCGGACGACAAUUCAAAGAUGCCAGCGGCAACGUCUCCAAUGCCAGUGUAUGGGCUCAUCCCACCCUUCAUCGCCUUUCUACUCCAGAGGACUUGUCGACAGUAAAACGAAGAGCCCCACCCAAGCUCGUACGUACUCGUCGUCUAGCAAACGGCGAUAUCGUACGUACUCGAGCCGGCCCUGCUAUCCUCGAGAAAGCCAAAGAAGUGCGCGAAGUUAUGCGCGAAAGUCGACGAAAAAGAGUAGACGCUUGGGUCAAGAAUAACAGUAACGACACUCCGGCUUCUAACAUCCACGAGCAGUCAGAACAGCCGGCUACACCCAUAGCUCCCAUCACAGCCAUGCACCGUCUUUCGGCCCCAUCUCAACCUGACAUGCCCCAAAGUCGUCUUCCUGAUAUCCCCGAGAUGCCUGAGGGUCAAGUCCAUCGCAUCGCCCAAGUACCACCCUUACCGCAAGCCCAGCCGCCUACAAUGAUGUUCCACUCCCAAAACCAAUCCCCAGCCGAGCUCGCAGUAUCCAACCACUCUUUGUCUCUCAUGUCUCCUCCAUUGACAUCUCGUCUAUACCACUCGGCCCCCGCGUCGAUCCAGACACCCGGGGUACUGCCGAGUACGAUAGACGAAUGGAGAGCGUUUCUUGCGCCAUCGCUUUCACUUGCAGCUCCUCAGAAGGAGGAGCAGCGUGGGAUUUCUAUGCCCCGGCAUGGGAGUUUACAGAUCGACGCCGCGCUGGCGAAUGCUUCCAUUGGCGGAUCGUGUACCGGUGAUCAGUCGAUUGCUGCUCCGGCAGCGGAUCCACCCACGCCCUUCUCCUCUUCCAUCGACAGACCCGUCUUCACCUCUCCCUAUGUCAACUCACAAUCGCUCGCAAAUUCGAUCAUCCCAACGCCUCUUCCCACUCCUCGAUUCUUCGGUUCGAUGGAUAGUACUUCGUCGGCUUAUGUUGCAAACUCUCCAUUCACAACAUCUACUGCUCAGCUUUCUACAACGAGCUUGUCUGGUGUCAAUGAUGAUAUGGCGGGAGUAGGGAUGCGACGCGAUAGUGAAAUGUCCAACGUACCCCCUCCUUUACCGCAUCAGCAUCUCCGAUGGAGCCAAUGGAUCAGGGAAUAA